UUGAUUUCAGAAGUCAUCAUGGCGCUCACUUCCCCAGUCAAAGAGCACCCAUACAGCCAUCUAAUCGACACACUAUCAGGUGGCAAGAUCCAAUUCUUUAAUCCACAGAAAUUAAAUGAUCCAAGAUAUGAUAAGCUGCCUUUGUCCAUCCGUGUCUUACUGGAGGCAGCAAUCCGUAAUUGCGAUGGCUUUUACACAAAAGAGGAACACGUCCAGAACAUUAUGGAUUGGCAGCAGCAGCAGAAUAAAGCUGAGGUGCCGUUCUCUCCAGCACGAGUCCUUUUGCAGGACUUCACAGGUAUUCCUGCCAUGGUGGAUCUGGCAGCCAUGAGGGACGCUGUGGCCAAACACGGCAUGGACCCUAACCUGGUCAACCCUAAAUGCCCCACAGACCUCAUCGUAGACCACUCACUACAAAUUGAUUAUAGCAAAUGUGCCAUACAGAAUACUCCGAACCCCGGUGGAGGGGAUGGCACUUCCCGCCCAACUCCCUCCAGGCCUCCUCAGCUCAGAGGAGGCUCACAGUGCGGAGGCCAGAGGAGCUCCUGUAGUAAAGCCGCCUGCAGCGACCCUCCAGCCUCCCCCGGUCGACCUGCAGCGUCUGUCCAGCAGAUAGAGAAUACACCUCUCCUCUGUCCUUUCCACCUGCAGCCUGUGUCUGAACCUGAAACAGCUCUGAAGAAUCAAGAAAUGGAGCUGAUGAGAAACAAAGAAAGGCUAAGGUUCUUUAAGUGGUGUUCAAAAGCAUUUAAGAAUGUGAAUGUGGUUCCCCCGGACGUUGGCGCAGUCCACCAGGUGAAUCUGGAGUAUCUGUCCAGAGUGGUCCAGCUCAGCGACGGUUACAUCUACCCCGACAGCGUGGUGGGAACCGAUUCACACACCACCAUGAUCAACGGCCUGGGUAUCCUGGGCUGGGGUGUUGGGGGGAUUGAGACAGAAGCCGUGAUGCUGGGCCAGCCAGUGUGUCUGACCCUUCCUCAGGUGGUGGGCUGUAAACUGGUGGGCACCAUCAACCCUCUGACCACUUCCAUAGACAUCGUCCUCGGCAUCACCAAGCACUUAAGGCAAGCCGGGAUUGCUGGAAAGUUCGUAGAGUUUUUUGGACCUGGUGUGUCCCAGCUGUCAGCUCCCGACCGAACCACCAUCGCCAACAUGUGCCCCGAGUACAACGCCACUGUCAGCUUCUUCCCCAUCGACCACGUCACAAUCAAGCACUUUAAAAAGACAAACUUUACCCAGGAAAAACUUGAAUUACUGGAGUCUUACAUGAAGGCUGUAAAACUUUUUCGAAGCUAUGAAGACCCCUCAGAAGACCCGCAGUAUUCUGAGGUGAUUGAAAUCAACCUGAGCUCCAUGGUGCCACAAGUGAGCGGACCGAAGAGGCCUUCGGACAGAGUGGCAGUCAGCAACAUGAAAGAAGAUUUCCAAAGUUGUCUUGAUGAGAAGGUGGGCUUCAAAGGCUUCCAUAUCUCUAAGGAGAAGCAGAAGACUCUGGUUCCUUUCCUGCACGGCGGUCAGGAGUACCAGCUGGCACACGGCUCGGUGGUCAUCGCAGCCGUCAUCAGCUGCACUAACAACUGCAACCCGUCUGUCAUGCUUACUGCAGGUCUACUGGCCAAAAAGGCUGUGGAGGCGGGGCUCGCUGUCAAGCCGUACAUUCGGACCAGCCUGGCUCCUGGAAGCGGCAUGGUCACUCACUACCUCAAUACCAGUGGAGUCCUGCCUUACUUUAACCAGCUGGGAUUUGAGGUGAUAGGUUACGGCUGUGCCACCUGUGUAGGGAACACGGCGGCACCUUUACCAGAAACCGUUGUGGAUGCAAUCAAACAGGGGGAUUUGGUGGCCUGUGGUGUGUUGUCUGGUAACAGGCACUUUGAAGGCCGCCUCUGUGACUGCGUGCGUGCCAACUACCUGGCCUCCCCUCCUCUGGUGGUGGCGUAUGCCAUCGCGGGCACUGUGGGGAUCGACUUUGAGAAAGACCCUCUAGGUGUGACAUCAGAGGGGAAGGAGCUGUACCUCCGCGAUAUCUGGCCGUCCAGGGAGGAGGUCCAACAGACUGAGGAGGAGACAGUCAUCGCCUCCAUCUUCAAGGAUCUCAGGGGAAGGAUGGAGAAAGGGAACUCAUUUUGGAACAACAUCGACUAUCCAGAGUCUGUGGUUUUCCCCUGGGAUCACAAGUCCACGUACAUCCGUUCACCAUCUUUCUUCAGCAAAUUAAGUAAAGACGUGCCACCUCCUCAGUCGAUAGAGAACGCUCAUGCCUUACUCUUCCUCGGAGACAAAGUGACCACAGAUCACAUCUCGCCGGCAGGAAGCAUCGCCAGGGUCAGCGCCGCCGCCAAAUACCUGCUGAGCAAACGACUGACGCCGCGGGAGUUUAACUCGUACGGGGCUCGCAGGGGGAACGACGCAGUGAUGACCAGAGGAACGUUUGCAAGCAUCAAGCUCCAAAAUCGAUUAAUUGGCAAAACAGGCCCCAAGACUCUGCACAUUCCUUCAGGACAGACAGUGGAUGUCUUUGAGGCAGCUGAACGCUAUCAGAGAGACGGCAUUCCCCUCAUCAUCCUGGCAGGCAAAGACUACGGCUCUGGAAACUCCAGAGACUGGGUAGCCAAAGGACCAUACCUGCUGGGGGUACGCGCAGUCAUCGCUGAGAGCUUUGAGAACCUGCACAAGACCCAGCUGGUGGGCAUGGGCAUCAUGCCGCUUCAGUUCCUGCCCGGCCAGACCGCCGACUCGCUGGAGCUCAGCGGGAAGGAGAGGUUCACCAUCAGCAUGCCCGACAGCCUGAGUCCAAGGCAGCAGCUCACUGUCAAGACCAGCGCAGGAAAGUCCUUCUCCGUCACCGCGCUGUUCGACACCGAGAUGGACGUUACCUUUUUCCAGAACGGAGGGCUCCUUAAAUACGUUGCUCGGACUCUCCUCUGAAACGGCCCGCAGCCGGGUCCCAAACCUACUGAAUGUGCACUAGUUUGAUGACAGGCGGCCCCUCUCGUCAUUUCAGCAGUUUGUGUUCAGCAUUGACUUAAAAAGCAGCUCAUUGAAGUGACAUUAAGCCUGGUGGUGUUGUCAGUCUGAGCUGGAUUUGAUGGACUCGUGAGACAGUUUGAAGCAGUUCGAUUGAUGUUUUCAUCACUACACACCGCUGUUACAGCAUCCGCAAAGGCAAGAGACUCAAAAUAAGUCCAGGGUAUCUGAGAAGACAUUCAUACAUCAGUUUUUGGUCUUUUAUUGCUGGGGAAAAAAAAGAAAGAAAUGCAGAGUACUUGAAGGGACAUUUGUUUCAUCAUUCAGAUGUAGGUCAACCAAGAAGAAAUGAACCCUCUCUGCUUUUGUCAUCGUUUCACUCAAAAACAAUCCUGCCUGCAGAGGCUAAGAUGGUGCUACGGUACUUCAGCAUGGAUAUACAUAUUGUACUUUUAGGGUGAGACUGUAAACCCCUUUUCCCCCAACAUUUAAGUCAAGUCAAAUAUUAUUAUUUUUUAAA